UCGUUCGUACGCAAAAGUGUCGGUUACUUGUUCGCGAUUCAGCACGGUGCGAAGAAGAUCUACGAUGCGGAUGAUCGUGGUGAAGUGAUUGAUGGAGAUCUUGGGAAACAUUUUGAUGUUGAGUUGGUUGGAGAAUACGCUAGGCAAGAACCAAUUUUGCAGUAUAGUCACGAGAACCCGAAUCGAACUGUUGUGAAUCCUUAUAUCCAUUUCGGGCAAAGAUCGGUUUGGCCUAGAGGUUUGCCGUUGGAGAACGUAGGUGAGAUCAAUCACGAGGAGUAUUACACUGAGGUGUUUGGUGGUAAACAGUUUAUACAGCAAGGGAUUUCAAACGGUUUACCUGAUGUUGACUCUGUGUAUUACUUCACUAGGAAGACUACUUUUGAACCUUUUGAUAUUAGAUUCGAUGAGGAUUCUCCUAAAGUGGCGUUGCCUCAAGGUAUGAUGGUGCCUGUGAAUUCUUUUAACACGUUGUACCAUUCAUCAGCGUUUUGGGGUUUAAUGCUUCCUGUUUCGGUUAGUUCCAUGGCUUCGGAUGUGAUUAGAGGUUAUUGGGGACAGAGGCUCUUAUGGGAGCUUGGUGGUUAUGUUGCUGUUUAUCCACCAACUGUUCACCGGUAUGAUCGGGUUGAAGCUUACCCUUUCUCUGAUGAGAAAGAUCUCCAUGUUAAUGUAGGUCGUUUGAUCAAAUUCUUGCUUGCUUGGAGAUCAGAUAAGCAUAGGUUCUUCGAGACGAUUCUUGAUUUGAGCUUUGUUAUGGCUGAACAAGGGUUUUGGACUGAACUCGACGUGAAGUUCACAGCUGCUUGGCUCCAGGAUUUGCUUAUGGUUGGAUACCAACAGCCUCGGUUAAUGUCACUUGAGUUGGACCGCCCACGAGCAACCAUCGGUCAUGGAGAUAGAAAAGAGUUUGUUCCUAGGAAAUUGCCUUCGGUUCACCUCGGGGUCGAGGAGAUUGGCACAGUGAGCUCUGAAAUUGGGAAUUUAAUCAGGUGGAGGAAGAAUUUUGGGAAUGUAGUGCUUGUAAUGUUCUGUAACGGACCUGUGGAACGCACUGCUCUUGAAUGGAGGUUACUUUACGGGCGGGUAUUCAAAACUGUGGUGAUUUUGUCCUCUCGGAAAAACUCAGACCUUUACGUCCAAGAAGCUAAACUCGAUCACAUUUACAAGCGGCUACCGAAGAUAUUUGAUCGGUACAGCAGUGCAGACGGGUUUUUGUUUGUUGAAGAUGAUACAGUUCUUAAUUACUGGAAUUUACUUCAAGCCGACAAAACUAAGCUCUGGACUACAGACAAGGUAAAGGAGUCAUGGACAACAGUGAAACCAUCUGGGAAUGCUGACUGGUAUUCGGUUCAGGUGGAAUUAGUAAAGAAAAUUGUUGGUACAAUGCCGGUUCAUUUCCAAGUCAAUUACAAGGAAGCCACAAAGAAGAGUGAUGACACAACCUUAACGAUGUGCAGCUCGGAAGUGUUCUAUGUCCCAAAACGUUUUGUGUCAGACUUUACAGAUCUGGUUAAUCUCGUGGGCGAUAUGGAUUUGCAUUAUAAAGUGGCUGUGCCAAUGUUCUUCCUAUCGAUGGAUUCGCCUCAGAAUUUUGACCCGGUUCUAGGUUCAAUGGUAUAUAAGUCAGAACCAGCUUCGUUAAACACUUCUUUGAGUUUGUAUUCUGCAGAAGCACCUGCGGUUCAUCCUUGGAGUAUCUCAAGCGAACAAGAUUUCAUCAAACUGGUUCGGGAGAUGGCGGAAGGCGAUCCGCUUUUGAUGGAAUUGGUAUAAUAUAAUGAUUCAAAAUACGAGUAGUAGAUGCAGCAAUGAAAAAAUGUUUAGAAACAAAUUUUACCAUUUGUGUUAUACAAAAAGCGUUUCAUCAAAUUCUUUUCUUUUUUUGGGGUUCACUUGAUGUAAUUUUGCGAAUGUAAUCAUAUAAUUUUUCCUUCCUUGA